CUGCCACGCUUCAAGUUGGUGGUGGACACAUCGCCGCCGCCGAGUGGUAGUUCUGAUGUGGCCCAGGGAGCUUCAUCCUCCCAAGUGCAGGAGGGGCCACGCUUGGACCCAGUUGAGGAAGAGAAGUUGUGUGCCCAGUGUCGCGGAAAGCUAACCAUUGGGGGAGCGGGACCGAGCCAGUCGGUCCACCAGAGAUUGGGACCACGACAGUUCAAACCGAGGUAUCCCUCAUAUGAACGCAGUGUCGAAGGAGUACGUGCACCUGCGUGGGGAAGAGGGCAGCGUAGGCAGUGGGUUGCUCAAAGUGCCCCGCCUUUCGAAAGUCUACCUUUUGGGCUUGCCCAACCAGUGAGGGGUCCCCCACCUGUCAGGAGAACCUUCAGGAUGCCAAAUGUGCCACGGGGUGGUUGGCACACCUACGACGUCCGUCGUCAGCAGCCCAUUGCGGUUGACGCGAUGACAAGGACGCAGUAUCGAAGGUACCUCCGCAAGAAUGCUCAAGGAAGGAGGAUUGCAAACUUGCAAGCAAAUGUGAACGUAGACAACUCUGCCACGGGUCUGAGAGUGACUGUGGCCGGUGCUGGAAAGGUUGUCGAGGACAACCUGGACGGGAACGAUCAGGGAGUCCCGGGGGAGGCUGAGUACGAUGCUGAGCUGGAUGACUCCCUCAUCGAAGAGGAGAUGCUGGAAUUGGAGGAGCCGAAGUCGAAAUUCGAUCGGAAAAACAAGGAUGACGAUGAUGACAACCAAGGUGCACCCAUGACGAUCCAGUUUGGAAGUCUACCACCGGUUGUGGUGAACAAUUACAUCUUGCCUUUGAUUUUCCACAUUGAUUUGGAAAAUCAGGGAGAGGAUGGCGAAGUCGUGAUGGAGGUUGAGGAGUUGGACGAGGCUGCUCAAGAGGUCAACGUUGCUGAGCUGGUGAGCGGUUUUGCUCAACUGACUUUAGAGGAGGAGAAUGAGGAGCCAGCUGCGGCAGAGUUGGUUGGCGGGGCUGCGGAUCUGCCAAUCGAGGCUGAGCCGUGGAGUGCAAUGAUGGCCCGCACGAAUGGUUGGAUUGACUUGGCAGUAGAGUCAGCCAGGCAGAACAAGAGUUCGCAGAGAAUCCUGAAAGAGCUGUACGAAGCAGGCCACAAAGCUGUUGGGCCACUAGGCGAAGAUGAGGGAAGAUAUCCUUUUUACGUGUUAUACCAAGGCCCGAAAGAGUCAACAAGUGUGCCGGUGGAGAAUAUCACAUGGGAAUCAGACUUCGACAAGCUGGAGAAAUCUAUCCAGGCUGCAGAAGCGAAAGCGAAAGCCGUGGACGAAGGAACCACGUGUGAAGAAUCAAACAGGGUCGUUGUGUUUAACGAGCCCAAACCGAAGAUGAUGCGUCAUUUGAGGCCUCUCUACAUCAGGGCCACACUUGAUGACGUACCAAUGUCGAGAGUCUUAGUUGACAAUGGCGCUGCAGUAAAUGUGAUGCCAACAAGGAUGCUGAAGAAGUUGGGCAAGAACACUAAUGACUUGAUCCCAACAGAAGUGUUUGUGACAAGUUUCAAUGGCGGGUCCACUUCUGCUAGGGGAAUCCUCCCAGUGGUCGUGGGAGUUGGAUCACAGAAGCGGAUGAGUGCUUUCUUCGUGGUGGAUGGAAUGAUAAGCUACAACGCACUACUUGGCCGGGAUUGGAUCCACGCCAACAAGUGUGUUCCUUCAUCGCUGCAUCAGUGUUUGAUGUUUUGGAAUGAAGAUGGUGUUGUUGAGGUGGUACAGGCUGACACAAAGCCGUUUGCCGUUGGGGCCAACGUUGCUGAAGCUUUUUUGUACCAUGGAGAUUUUGGACCACUCGAAAUCAGGAGCGGGGAUGGAGGAACGACCAACGUCAUAGUGUCAAGUGCACGGGUGUUGAGUAAGGCGUGCUUGGACCCAUUGUCCGAAAUCAUGAGACCAUCAAUGCUUGCAUUAGGUGGUCCACCAAAAUCAGAGUAAGCCACCUCAAGAGAGGGUGGAGAAGGCCGAAAUCACGGCCUUGAUAGAGGGGUUGCCGAUCAACGGCGAGGAUGCGAGUAACAAGUUGGGAGAGGAAGCAGUGUGCUGUCUGCGACAUUGUGGACGAAAUCAACUUUGGCGGGAAGGAUGAUCCACAUUCAACGUUCAUAUUGCCAGCUUGCAUGACUCUGACAGGAUGCAAUUGAGAAAGGUCGGUUCAAGUUCCCAGAGCCGAGGAAGGAGGCCAUGAUUGUUGACACAGACCCGUUCCCAAACGUUGUCGGCGUCAACAUGGUCAAUCCCGAUUUCUCUAAGAUCAACCUGCCACGCUUCAAGUUGGUGGUGGACACAUCGCCGCCGCCGAGUGGUAGUUCUGAUGUGGCCCAGGGAGCUUCAUCCUCCCAAGUGCAGGAGGGGCCACGCUUGGACCCAGUUGAGGAAGAGAAGUUGUGUGCCCAGUGUCGCGGAAAGCUAACCAUUGGGGGAGCGGGACCGAGCCAGUCGGUCCACCAGAGAUUGGGACCACGACAGUUCAAACCGAGGUAUCCCUCAUAUGAACGCAGUGUCGAAGGAGUACGUGCACCUGCGUGGGGAAGAGGGCAGCGUAGGCAGUGGGUUGCUCAAAGUGCCCCGCCUUUCGAAAGUCUACCUUUUGGGCUUGCCCAACCAGUGAGGGGUCCCCCACCUGUCAGGAGAACCUUCAGGAUGCCAAAUGUGCCACGGGGUGGUUGGCACACCUACGACGUCCGUCGUCAGCAGCCCAUUGCGGUUGACGCGAUGACAAGGACGCAGUAUCGAAGGUACCUCCGCAAGAAUGCUCAAGGAAGGAGGAUUGCAAACUUGCAAGCAAAUGUGAACGUAGACAACUCUGCCACGGGUCUGAGAGUGACUGUGGCCGGUGCUGGAAAGGUUGUCGAGGACAACCUGGACGGGAACGAUCAGGGAGUCCCGGGGGAGGCUGAGUACGAUGCUGAGCUGGAUGACUCCCUCAUCGAAGAGGAGAUGCUGGAAUUGGAGGAGCCGAAGUCGAAAUUCGAUCGGAAAAACAAGGAUGACGAUGAUGACAACCAAGGUGCACCCAUGACGAUCCAGUUUGGAAGUCUACCACCGGUUGUGGUGAACAAUUACAUCUUGCCUUUGAUUUUCCACAUUGAUUUGGAAAAUCAGGGAGAGGAUGGCGAAGUCGUGAUGGAGGUUGAGGAGUUGGACGAGGCUGCUCAAGAGGUCAACGUUGCUGAGCUGGUGAGCGGUUUUGCUCAACUGACUUUAGAGGAGGAGAAUGAGGAGCCAGCUGCGGCAGAGUUGGUUGGCGGGGCUGCGGAUCUGCCAAUCGAGGCUGAGCCGUGGAGUGCAAUGAUGGCCCGCACGAAUGGU